AUGGAAGAUUGGGGCGGUGGUUCCUCCUGUGGACCAUCCCCACGCACUAUGUGUCCCGACGCCGAUGCCCCGCAUGCAUUACUGUGGGGCAGUCCCGAGUUCAUCGGUCUGGGUUUCCUUGUCUUCGUCACAAUUAUCAUCUGUGAACGAUUCGGUCCCCCAAUCCUGAAGUCAUGUGCCGUCGUCGUCGGUCUCCUUGUUGGCUCUAUCGUCGCCGCCGCAUGCAACUACUUCGAAUCGUCCGGUAUCGCUGAAGCUCCCGUUAUCUCCUUCGCCUGGGUCCACACUUUCCCGUUAUCGAUCUACCCUCCGCUCAUCUUACCUAUGCUGGCACUAUACCUCGUUACUAUGAUGGAGUCUAUUGGUGAUAUUACCGCUACUUGUGAUGUCUCCCGCGUCCAGGUCGAGGGCCCAAUGUUCGAUUCUCGCAUUCAGGGUGGUGUUCUAGGAAAUGGAUUGACUAGUGUUAUCGCGGGUCUGAUGACCAUCUCGCCUAUGUCUGUCUUUGCACAGAAUAACGGUGUUAUUGCGUUGACUAAGUGCGCGAACCGUAGCGCGGGAUACUCCUGCUGCUUUUUCCUCGUUGUCAUGGGUCUUUUCGCCAAGUUCGCCGCGGCGCUUGUCUCGAUUCCUAGUGCUGUGCUGGGUGGUAUGACCACUUUCCUUUUCAGCAGUGUUGCUGUUUCGGGUAUUCGCAUUAUCAGUACAAUUGACUUCACCCGACGCAACCGUUUCGUCCUUACUACCAGCUUUGCGCUGGGUAUGGGCAUUACGCUUGUUUCCUCGUGGUGGGACUAUGUCUUGACUUAUGAUGGUGAUAACCAUGCCCUGGUUGGCUUGGUUAAUGCGGUUAACCUGGUCAUGGAGACUGGAUUUGCGGUUACCGCUCUUGUUGGUGUUGUUCUCAACUUGAUUCUUCCUGAUGAGCCAGAUGAUGUUCCUGUUUGGGAUUCCAAUGAGGGAGAGGAGCCCGUGGAAGAGUUGGCUGAGCCUACGACUUCGGGCAAGAUGGAGCCUUCUACAUGA